AUGGCCCCGGUGCUGGUAACCUUGAGGCCGAACAGCUCAAGUGUCACAGGAAUCAGCGCUUCGGCAGACAUAGCAGCUUCGGCAGACCUCUACGACACCACCAGCAGAAGUCUGACCAUUCGAGGCGUCCCUACAAGCCCCAUCUGCCUCACUCCAACGUCAACAUGGGCGCCAUCAUCUAUAACAGCAGCAAACGAAACUCGCCCACCCACUCCCAUCGCAACAACCACACCCAAGUCACUCGGUUACGGUGCCAUAGUCGGCAUCGUCCUCGGCGUAGCCGCUGGCAUUUGCAUCGCGGCGUUUGUCUUCUAUCUCUGGCUAGCGCGGUCACACUGGGAGGAGGAGAUAAAUGAAGUCCGGCUCGCGGAGCGUGAGGCCCGGUUCAAACGGCCGAGGAGGCGGAAGGGUGCUAAGCGUUAUGCGGGCAGGCGUUGA